UUUCGCAUGGAACCGCUCGGUAAGUGAGGGAGGAGGGCAGCGCCGCGCCGGCCCUGUGAUGCGGCACUCGCGCGCCGGCAGGCCCCCCCGCUAGGCGCUGCCUGCGCUCGGCACACGGGGCUUGGCCCCCGCUCCAUGGAGACCAAUGGCAUCGCUCCCACCCACCCCCAGCGGCCCCGAGCCCGCCGGCACGCACAGCCACACGCUUCAGCCCACCAUGGCCCCGCCGCCGCCACAGCCGCUCGGGCCCACGGCGAGUGGAAAGGUAGAAGGCCAACCCAAUGGUGACACAAUCCCAGCUGAGCAAGCCAACCCUUCAGAUGACACUGUUGCUGGUGCUGGGAGUCGUCAGAAUGAUCAGAUAGUGCAGAAAAUAGAGGAAGUGCUCUCUGGAGCCAUUGAUACAGAGCUGCAGUGCAAAUCAGAUGUAGACAAAAAUACUGUGAAAAGUAGUACUAAGUCUACAAAAAGAAGCUCUACUGGUGAAGAUGAAAUUCCUAAGAAAAAAUCAAAGAAGAACAAGAAACACAAAAGCAAGAAGAAGAAGAAAAAGAAGAAGAAAAGGAAGAAAGAGAAAAAGCAUAAAAAGCAGCCGAAGGAGUCAAAGUUGAGUACACGUCAUGGAGAUCAUGGAGAUUUGCAGCCUGUUUCUCACUUGAUACCAGAGAAAUCAAGCUCCAAAUUGAGUGUACAGCAUGGAGGAUUUGGAGAUACGGAUCCGGCUGUCCACGUGCAGCCAGAAGAACUGUCCUUAAAAGCAAAUGAGGAGCUUGAUAGGCAAGCUGCAGGACUUGUUUCUGAUUUAAGAACUGAUUCUCAGCAAUCUACAGAAAAUCUUGGAAGUGAGAAGGGGACUUUGUGUGCAACAAAUCCUCCACUUAAUUUAGAGGGCAGCCAAUCUGGUAUCCAAGAAAAUGCUAGUAUAACUCAAACUGAAAUUUGCACUAGAGAAGAACAAAUUAAACAGUCUCAUGAAACUAUUUAUCUUAGAGCUAUUAAUGUGAGUGAAAAGGGUGUUCUUGUUGAUACUGGAAAUGAUACUUCAUCUAGCAUCCCGUUGGGAGUAACCAAUAAAUCUGAAAUUCAGAAAGAUUCAGCAGCAACUCUACCUUCAGAGGUAACAGAAGCACUAAAAGGUUCAGAAGUUAUUCUGAAAUCUAAAGGCACUGGGCAAGUACAAGCUUUGGAUACAGCUCCUGAGUCUGAAACCAUGGAGGUGUUGAAAUAUUCAGACACAUCUCUACAGUCUGUGGCACAGGGAGGAGCAAAAGUAUUAGAAGCGAUUUCAGAAUCUGUGACUUUGGCAAGUGAUGUGACAACAAUUCCUGAAUCUGCAAAUCAGGCAGAUCUGAAUACUGUGAAAGUAGCUCACAUGGCUGUGGCUGUGGAAGAAGUGAAAAUUCCAGAAGCAACUGAAAAAUGUAUGCAUAUGGGAAAUGUGGAAAGAUUGUUGGAAUUAGGGGGUGUGAGCAGACCUUUGGAGACAACCCUGAAGCCCUCAAUUACAUCCGAUAAUUUGAGAGUAAUGCAAUGCAGCACUGUGGAGAGUUCGGGUGUCUUGAAGGCAGAUGUAUCUCUGCAACGUCCUUUAGAAAUACCUGCAGCAACUGCUGUGACCCAAGUGGAAACAAAAAGUGCCAAAAUACCUCUGGAACCAGGAGCUGUUACAAAAGUGAAGGAUAUUGAACCAGCUAGAAGCUCUGUGCACAUGGAAGAAGCUCUUCAGCCGGUUGCUGUAGUGAAGGCAAAAACUUCGGAAACAAUCAUAGAACCUCUGGGUGUUAAAGCAACAGAUAUCAAAGCAGCUCAAGAAUGUCUGCAGGUUGAAGUAGUUAAAGGUGUGGAAGGUACCACUGAUCCUGCAUCAGUGCUGAAUGCAUCAAUCUUGACUGAAACAGGAAAUGUGGAUAGAACACAGCAAUCUGCAGUUUCAGCAGAAUCGAAAGAUGUGAAUGUAGUUGCAGAGGCAAAAGAUUUAAGAGCAACUUUACAGCCUGUUGCAGUUGGGCAGACCUUUCCUCAAACAACUCCAGGCAUUCAGAUGGUGGAGAGUUUUAAAGGUCCACGAGCAACUGUGGAUGUUGCAGCACUAACAGGAAUAAAAGAUCGAGAAACAAGUCAGGCUACUCUGCAACUGGAAAAUACUAAUGCUUCCCAAAUUUCAGAAUCUACUCUCAAGCCUGUAGCUGUAAUAGAGGCAAAAGAUUCAGAAGGUACUUCAUUACUGAGACAACCAGAGGAGCGUGAAUCAAAUGUGAGAGGUUUGGAAGUGACUCCGCUGUCUUGGCAGAAAGAUAGGAAAGGUCCAGGUUCAUCAGUGGUGUCAAAAAGUUCAGAAAUAAAUCUAGAUAGCAUAGCAGGAAUAGAAGCAGGCUCAGGUGCUCGUCUCCUAGCUAUGCAAGCCAGAUAUGUAAGACUGGUGAAGAAUUUAGAAACAACUGUAAGACCUGUGGCAGAGACAGAAAGGAAAGCUUCAGAAGCAGACCUUGGUACAGCUAGGGCAGAGAUGAAGACUACAUUAUCACAUCUGCACAUGAAAGGUGUGAGAGGUUUAGGAGAUCCAGCAUCUGUAGGUAUGGCAAAUAUACAAGCUUUGGAAGCAGUCUUGCAGCCUGGAACCCUUGCAGUUGCAAGAGAAAAUGUGCUUUCUGAAGCCAGAACAGGUGACAAAGUCUUGGAAGCAAGUCCAGGAGUUUUUACCUUAGAAGAAAGGUCAGAAAGGACUCCUGAAUCUGUGGUUGCACGUGCAAGUAUAGCACCAGUUAGAGAGUUUGAGGCAUUAGGAGGUAUGCAUUUGAAAACCACAACAGAGAGAGAACCAAAACAUGCUGAAACAGGUGCAGAACCUCUUGGUGCAAGCACAACAAAGAAAUCCAUUGUUUCACAGUCUCAGGUCGUGACACAUACAAGAACUUCACAAACUGAGGUUGUAGGGGACAUAAGGGAUUCUGAACUAGCUACCAGUUCUGCCAGUGUAGAAGUGAAAGGUUUAGACAACUCAUCCGAAGUUGAGGCAGUUUCAGAGGUAAAAGAUGUGGAAGCACAAUUGAAAACUUCACCCUUACACAUGAAAAAUUUGGAAAUGGCUGAAACAAGGACGCUAAUGCAAGGGUUGGAAAGAACAUUGGCGUCUGAGGUGGUUAGAGAGAUCAGGCACUCUGAUGUUGCUCCAGAGUAUCCAAACAAAGCAGAGGUGGGGAGCCAAGAAGCAGUGCUAGAACCUGUGCAAACAGUGAUGGUACAAACUUCAGAAACGAGUUCAAAAUCUGCACAGGAACAAAUAGUAGGUCAUUCAGAAACAGUAUUAGAGUCUUUCUCUGGAGUGGAAGAAAAAACAAUGACAUCAGAAAUAACAACAGAAGGGAGAAACUUGAAAGGAACUCUGGAAUCCAAUAUUUUGACAGAUGUGAGAACUCAGGGACCUGCUGCAGAAUAUGCAAUUGCAACCAGGAGGGAAAGCACACCAAAAAAUGAGCCUUCACUCACCGAUUUAAAAGAUUUGUCUGCAACAGUAGAGGUGAAAGGUUCUGAAACAGUUGAAGAGUCUGAGGUACACAUGGAUAUCCAAGGUUUGGAAACUUCUCGAGAGUCUGGAGAUGUGGGAGUGAUGAAUGUUUUAGGUUAUGCUUCAGAAGCUGUUCCAGAAGCUUUGCACACUGAAAAGCAAGAACAUUUGCAAGCAGUUCUAGAAGCAAAACCUGCUGCAGAAUGGAAGAGUACAGAAGCAGCUCCGGAAAUAUUGACUACUGCUGAAAUUGAAACUUCUGAUGCAGUUCCCAAACCAGGGGAUGUGAAAGAUCCAGAAACAAUGCUGGAACGUGAAGUGGCAGCAGAAGUACAGUAUGCAGAAGGGGUACAGAGUCAACAAAUGGAGGAUAUGAGAGUUCUUGGUCAAGCUCAGGAAUGCAAGAUAGUGGUUGAGAAAGAUGCAGAGCAAAUUUCAGCAUCUGAGUCUUUAAUAACAGAAACAGUUUUUAGUUCUUCACAUGCAGCAGGUGAAAAAGAUUCAGCAGGGACUGAACAAUUGGAAGCAGCUCCAGCUCAUGUGACAGAAACAAAAGAUUUGGAAACAGCACCUUUUCCUGAGACUGUAGAGCUGAAAGAUGCAGAAGCAGCUGUGGGUUUGGAGGCAGAGACAAAAGAUUUGGAAGCAGCUUUAGCACCUGAGACUGUUACAGGAGUUCCUGUGCUUGCAGCAGAGACAAGCCAGUCUGAAGUCAUUCCAGAGGCUGAGGCUGUCAAAGAAGCAACUCCAGAAGAGGAGUCAGAGAAAAGAGAUUCAGAAACAUCUGAUGUGCAACCUGAUGUGGCGGCACGAAUGAAGGAGACUCUGAUGAGACUUGAGAAGGUUAUUGAAAAAAGCAGCCAUAGAAGCAGUGAUAAAAAACAUGAUGCAAAGAAACAAAAAAGGAGUCGCUCCAAGUCUCAGUCCAGGUCUAGGAAGCGGAAGAAAAAAUCACGGUCGCGUUCUACUUCCAGGCGUUUGACCUCCAAAAGAGCACGUUCUAGGAGCAGAAACUAUUCAGAUUCCAGAAAAAAGCAUUCCAAAUCUAGAUCCCCAUCUGUGGAGAAGAGAGAGAGAAGAGUGUCUUCACGGAGGUCCAGACGCAGACGUUCCAGGUCAUCUGAUCAUUACAGGUCUAAAUCCAGAUCAGCAGAAAAGAGAGGGAGCCGAUUGUCCUCUGGGAGAUCCAGACGCAGACGUUCCAGGUCAUCUGACCGCUACAGGUCUAAAUCCAGAUCAGUGGAAAAGCGACUGUCUUCCCGAAGGUCCAGACGUAGACGUUCCAGGUCUUCUGACCGCUACAGAUCUAAGUCAAGGUCGGUGGAAAUUCGACUGUCCUCUAGAAGAUCUGGACGCAGACAUUCCAGGUCUUCUGACCGUUACAGAUCUAAGUCCAGGUCAGUGGAAAAGCGACUGUCUUCUCGAAGAUCUGGGCGCAGACGUUCCAGGUCCUCUGACCGCUACAGGUCUAAAUCACGGUCAGUGGAAAAGCGACUGUCCUCUCGAAGAUCUGGUCGCAGACGUUCCAGGUCCUCUGACCGCUACAGGUCUAAGUCCAGGUCAGUGGAAAAGCGACUGUCUUCUCGAAGAUCUGGUCGCAGACGUUCCAGGUCAUCUGACUGCUACAGGUCUAAAUCACGGUCAGUGGAAAAGAGGGGGAGCAGGUUGUCUCCUUGGAGAUCCCGCCGCAGACGUUCCAGGUCCUCUGACCGUUCUAAAUCUAGAUCCAGGUCUUCAGAAAAGAGAGGGGGCAAAGAAUACUCGUGGAGGUUCAGGCACAGAGGGUCUGGUUCCUCUGAUCGUUCAAAAUCUAGGUCAAGAUCUCUUGAGAAGAGAGGUCGGAAGACAUCUCUGCGGAGGUCUAAACGUCAGCGCUCGAAGUCCUCUGACCGUUACAAGUCUAGAUCCAGAUCAGUAGAAAAAAGAGAUCGAAAGCAAUCAUCACGGAAGUCUAAACGUCAGCGCUCAAAGUCGUCUGACCGUUACAAGUCUAGAUCCAAAUCAGUGGAAAAAAAGAAGGAGUCCUCGCGAAAAUCUAAGCGCCGCCGCUCAAAGUCUUCUGAACGUUAUAAGUCUAGAUCUAGGUCUGUUGAAAAAAAGCGUAAGGAAUCUUCAAAAAAAUCCAAACGGAAACGGUCCAAGUCCUCUGAUAGUGUUAAGUCAAGGUCCAAAUCUAUAGAAAAAAAAGAGAGUAAGUUAUCUUCAGUAAAGUGCAGUAGCAAGCAUGUGGAGUCUUCUGAACCUCAGGAGUCAACCGUAUGUCUUGAAAAAGAUGUUCCUGAACCAUCUUCUGCAAGUGAAAGCUGCUCCUCCAAAUUCUCUAAUGGUCCUAUGUCAGUAGCUUUGCCUGUUGAAACAGUAAAUGGUCCGGAGCUUCCGCCAGCAUCUGGAAGUGGAUUUUCCAAAACUUUUGAUGGUCUUGAAAAAAGCUCCUCAUCUGAACAAACAAUGGGUCUGCAGCCUUCUGUGAUGUCUGAACUUGAUAGCUCUAAGACCUCAGAUGACCAGGAAUUGAGGUCCAUGCCUGUGGAAAAAGCACAGGUUUCAGAGCUCUCUCUGACAUCUGAAAAUGGAUCGGCUGAAAAAGCAGUGGCUCUGGAGUCUUCAUCAUUGCCUGAACUUGCGUAUUCCACACCCAAGUCAAGAUCCUCAUCUGUUGAAAAAGGAGGAGAUUCAGAAACUUCUUUGGUAACAGAAUUUCAGCUCUCCGCUUCCCAUGAAAAUGAGUUGAGAUCUCUCAAAGAAGUAGAGGGCCCAGAUCCUCUUCUGACACUUGAAAGGGGAUGCUCUGUAUCUUCUGAUGAUUACAAGACGACCUCCUUGUCCUCUGGAAAAAUAGAGGUUCAGGGAUCUUUGCUGGUGCCUGAAAAUGUACUUUCUGACGUGUCUGAUGCUCAUGAAUUGAGACACAUGCCCGCUGAAAAAACAGAGCUUCAGGAGUUUUUGCAAGUACGUGAAAGUGAACCUUCUAAGUUGACUGACAGUCUUGAGUCAAGGUCUUUUGAAACAGUAGAGACUCAAAAAUCAUCUCCAGUGCUUGAUGUUACAUGCUCUGCAUUCCCUAAUGUGUGUGAGUCAGCCUCCUUGCCUGUUGAAGAGGGCCAGGUGCAGGAGCCUUCUCUGAUUUCUGACAGUGAAUGCUUCAAGUCUCCUGUUGAACAUGAGUCAGGAUCCAGCUUUGCUGGACAAAUAGAGGAGCCUCUGUUGAUGUCUGAAAGUGGCUCCUUUAAGUCACCUGAUGGAAACGAACACAGAUCUUUAUCUGUUGAAACGGGAAAAGCUCCAGAUGUUUCCCUGACAUCCGUGUGUGGUCCUGUUGAGAUCUCAGAUGACCUGAAUUCACUGUCAGCUUUUCAAAAAGCGCAGGAGGUUGUAUUGACAACUAUAGGCCAGAGCCACAAGUCUUCUGAAGUUCAUGAGUCCAGAUUGUCCGUUGAAAAAGAUUUAGAUGGUCCAGCACACUCACAAGUAAUUGAAAUUGACAGCUCUGAAUCUUCUGAAGUGCAUGAAUUGAGAUACCUGCCUGCUGGAAAAACAGAAGGUGCGGGAUCUUUCUUGAUGUCCGAAAGUGGAAUUUCUGUGUGCCAUGAUGGCCAUAAAUUGAAACAGAAUUACUUGGAGAAGACAGAAGGUGCAGAAUUGUCAAUGGCAUCUGAGCUUAGGUGUUCCGUCUUCCCUGAAGGGUAUGAAUUGACAUCCACUGCAGUUGAAAAAAUUGAAAUACAGAAAUCUCUCCCACUGCAAAGUGAGUUCUCCAAGUCUGCUGUUAUUUGUGAACCAGUAAGUGCACCUACUGAAAAACCACAGGCCCCAGUGACUUCUCUGACAUCUGAAGGUGGACUUCUCGUCUUGUCUGAUAGUAAUGAAUUGAGACCUAUCCCUGCUGAAGAAGUAGAGGUGCGAAAGUCAUCUUUGCCCUCUGAACUGAAAUGCAUUGCAUCCCCUGAUGGCCACAAGUUGAGAUCUGCCUAUGAGGAAGAAAUACAGGUGCAGGAGCCACCUCUGAUACUGGAAAGCAGAUGUUCUGUUUCUUCUGAUGAUCAUGAGCUGACAUCCACUCCUUUUCAGAAAGCUGAGGUAGAGGAGCCUUCUCAAAUAUCUGAAAACGAAUACACAAUAGCGCUUGAUGACCCGGAGUUGACAUCAACUCCUGCUGAUAAAACAGAGAUGCGGCAACUUUAUCGGAUGUCUGAAGGAACGUCUUCGUUGUCCAUUGAGAACCAGGAGUUGCCGUCACUCCCUGUUGAAAAGAUAGAAAUGCAAGAGCUUGUUCUGAUGUCCAAAAAUGAAUAUGAGUUGAGAUCUAGCUCUCCUGAAAAGGUAGAGGUACAGGAGGCUUCUGUAGUACCUGGCAAUGAAUAUGCUGUGUCUUCUGAAAGUCACGAAUUGCCACCUUCCUGUGCCGAAAAAACAGAGGUACAGGAGUAUUCUCUGCUGUCUGAAAAUGAGUAUGCUGUAUCUCCUGAGGGCCAAGAGAUGCCAGCCAGCCCAGCUGAAAAAGGGGUGCAGGAGCCUUCUCUUAUAUCUGACAGUGGAUAUACCAUCUUCCCUGAAGGCCAAGGAUUACGGUCUACCAGUGCUGAAAAAACAGUCAUGCAGGAGCCUUCACUAAUAUCGGACAGUCAAUAUGCUGCAUACCCUGAAGGUCAGGAGUUGCUCUCUGCUGUUACUGAGAAAACAGAGGUGCAGGAGCGUUCUUUGCUGUCUGAAAAUGAAUACGCUGUAUCCCCGGAGGGCCGUGAUUUGAGAUCCAGUCCUCUUGAAAAAGAAGAAACGGAGGAACAUUCUGAAACAUCUGAAAGCGAAAGUUCAACGUCCACUGAUAGCCAGGAGUUGCAGUCUACUGUUGUUGGAAAAACAGAGGUGCAGGAGCUGUCGUUGUCUGAAGGUGAAUGUACCAUGUCACCUGAAAGUCAGGAGCUGCAGUCUAGCCCUGCUGAAAAGGUAGAGGCUAGGGAGCCUUCUCUGACAUCUGAAAAUGAACGUGCUCUGUCUCCUGAAGAGUAUGAAUCAAGAUUGACUCAUGCAGAGAAAACAGAGAAUAUGGAUUCUUCUUUGAUACGUGAAAAUGACCAUGUUAUGUCUUUUGAGAGCCAGGAGGUAAGAUUCACCACUGUCCAAAAAGCAGAUGAGCAAGAGCUUUCUCCAACACCUGAAAAUGAACAUGCAGCAUCGCCUGAUGGCCAGGAGUUGAGAAAAGUUGGCAGUCUUGAACCCUUGGCACUAAAUGAUACAGCUUCCAUGUCCCCAGAUGACAGUGAGUUGAAAUCUACUCCUGUUGAAAAAAUGAAUGAUGCAAUGCCUUCUUUAAUUCCUGAAAGUGGGUGCUUCAUGUCCCCUGAUGGCUACAGAGGGAAAUCUGGCCCUGGUGAAGAAACUGGAGAUCUAGAGCCCCCUUUGGUAUCUGAAUGUAGACAUUCCACAUCCUCGUAUCAGGAAGGUCCUGAGCUGCAAUCUCCCAUGGAGGAAGAGGGUCUAGAGUCCUCUUUGACUUCUGAACACAGACGAUCUGUGUCCCCUGAGGACCAUGACCAGAAAUCUACCAUAGAUGAAGAAAUGGAUGAUGUGGAGCCCUCUUUGACAUCUGAACGCAGGCACUCCAUGUCCCCUGAUGAACAUGAGUCAAGAUCUAGCAUUGGUGAAGAAGGAGAGUAUCUGGAGCAGCCUUUGACAACGGAACGUAGAUGCUCUGUGUCUUCUGAUGAGCAUGAGUCAAGGUCUUCUGCUGGGGAAGAGGUAGAGGAUGCAGAACCCUCCUUGACAGCUGAACGAAGAGACUCCAUGUCCUCUGAUGAGCAUGAGUCAAGGUCUACUGCUGGUGAAGAUGUAGAAGAUGGGGAGACCUCUUUUACAGCUGAACGUAGACACUCCACAUCUUCUGAUGACCGCGAGUCAAGGUCUACAACUGGUGAAGAAGCAGAGGAUUUAGAUUCUUCUUUGGCAGCUGAACAUAGACGGUCUGUGUCUCCUGAUGGACGUGAGUCAAGGUCAACUACUGGUGAAGAAGCAGAGGAUCAGGAGCUGUCUUUGACAGCUGAACGUAGACACUCCACAUCCUCAGAUGAACAUGAGUCGAGGUCUACCACUGGUGAAGAUGCGGAGGAUAUGGAACCGUUGACAGCUGAACGAAGAGAUUCCACAUCAUCAGAUGAGCGUGAGUCAAGAUCUACCACUGGUGAAGAAGCAGAGGAUAUGGAGCAGUCUUUGACAACUGAACACAGAGGUUCCACAUCCCCUGAUGGGCAUGAAUCGAGGUCUACCACUGGUGAAGAAGCAGAUGAUGUGGAACCCUCCUUGACAGCUGAACAAAGAGACUCUUCAUCGUCAGAUGAGCACGAGUCUGGGUCUUCCAGUGGUGAAGAGGGUGAGGAUGCAGAGCCCUCUUUGGAAGACGAAGAUAAGCAGGAUUCUAUGCCUCUUGAGAGGUCGGAGGAACAGGACUCUUCCUUUAUAGCUGAAAGUAGGCGUUCUGAGUCUUCUGAACGUGAAAAAUCUAGAUCCAAAUCUGUUGAUAAAGCAUCUGACAAGGAGUCUCCACGAAGGUCUAUAAGCAGACACUCAAAAUCUCCUACUCAGCAAAAAAGUCGAUCCACAUCUGUUGAAAAAGCAGCAGACGAGUCUUCACGGAGAUCUAGACAUAGACGUUCCAGUAGAUCCAUAUCUGUUGAAAAAACAGCAGACAAAGAGUCUUCGCGGAGGUCAAGACACAGACGCUCGAGGUCCGCUGCUCACCAAAGGAGUCGAUCGACAUCUGUUGAAAAAGCAGCGGACAAAGAGUCUUCGCGGAGGUCUAGACGUAGACGCUCGAGGUCCACUGCUCGCCAAAGGAGUCGAUCCAAAUCUAUUGAAAAAGCAGCAGACAAAGAAUCUUCACGGAGGUCCAGAAGCAGACGCUCCAGGUCUUCCCAACGCAGAUCGCAGAGAUACGAUACAGAGUCUCGUUCUAGACGGAAUCGCUCCAGAUCAGCAACACGGAGAAGAGCAUCAAGAUCAAAAUCUAAUCGUCGCUCUCGUUCUAGCUCAUUGUCACGUUCAAGGCACAGAAGGAGGAGUAGGUCAAGGUCAGCAUCAAGAAGGCGGCGUUCUUUAUCAAGAGACAGGCGUAAGAGAUCACAGAGAAAUAGAUCAAGAUCUACUGACAGAAGAAGAAGGAGAUCAGAUUCAAGAGAUCGUAGAAUAUCACUCAGAUUACGGAGCAGGAGUCGAACACCUAUUCGUCAAAGGCGAUCAAGGUCAAGAGGAAGACGGCGGAGCUCUAGUAGGUCACCAAUUCGACUACGGCGAUCCAGAUCUUCAGGAAGAAGAAGAUACAGCAGAUCACCUGAUCGUCGUAGGUCGAGGUCAUCAGAGUUUUCAGUCAGGUCACCUAAACGUCUCACAGACUUGGACAAGGCUCAGCUACUUGAAAUAGCCAAAGCUAAUGCAGCUGCCAUGUGUGCGAAGUCUGGUGUUCCCUUACCACCAAGCCUGAUGCCUCUAUUAUCUCAAAAGAAAGAUGACAAAGCUAAUCAGAAGUCAUCAAGAGAUACGCUAAAAGAGCUUACUGAGAAAUGCAAGAAGAUUGCUCAAAGCACAGAUGAUGUGAUAGUGAACAAACCCCAUGUUUCUGAUGAAGAGGAGGAAGAACGUCCUUUCUAUAAUCAUCCUUUUAAGCUCAGUGAACCCAAACCUAUUUUUUUCAAUUUAAGUACUCCCAGCAUAAAACCAGCACCACCACCACAACCAAAAAAUCAGGUCAGCCUGUCAAAGGAAUUUCCUGUGUCAUCUGGGUCUCAACAUAGGAAAAAAGAAGCAGAUAGUGUCUAUGGAGAAUGGGUUCCAGUUGAGAAAGGCAAAGAAGACAGCAAGGACGAUGUUUUCCCCAAACCAUCCAUUGAGGGUGUGGACAUAACUGCAGCUAUGAAUGAUCGAGCGCUGGCUCAGAAAAGGCUUAAUGAAAAUGCAUUUGAUUUAGACGCCAUGUGCAUGUUGAAUCGCGCACAGGAACAGAUUGACGCCUGGGCUCAAUCAAACUCCAUACCUGGCCAAUUCACAGGAAGUACUGGAGCACAGAUUCUGUCCUCGGAUGAGCUGACCAACAGUGGUCCCCAAGCAUGGAUUAGAAAGGAUCAGUUCUUAAGAGCAGCCCCUGUAACUGGAGGAAUGGGAGCUCAGCUGAUGAGAAAAAUGGGCUGGAGAGAAGGAGAAGGGCUUGGAAAAAACAAAGAGGGCAGCGUUGAGCCUAUUAUGGUCGAUUUUAAGACAGAUCGAAAAGGGCUUGUUGCUGUGGGAGAGAAGGCACAGAAAAGAUCUGGACAUUAUGUUGUGAUGAAGGAUCUUUCAGGUAAACACCCAGUUUCUGCGUUGAUGGAGAUCUGUAACAAAAGAAGAUGGACACCACCUGAAUUUGUGUUGGUGGAUGAUAGUGGGCCUGAUCAUCGCAAACAUUUUAUCUUUAAGGUGAGAGUGAAUGGAAAUGAAUACAGGCCUACUUUUGCCAGCCUUAACAAGAAGCAUGCUAAAGCCACAGCAGCAACUGCGGCUCUCCAAGCGAUGGGACUUGUACCAAAGGAAAGCAUGGUUAAUACCACCAUGUUUAGGAGUGCCUCACACCGCUAGAUAUUGUUUUUUAUAUUGACAUUAUUUCAGAUAAUUUUACUCUGCACAAAAAUGGUAUUUGCCCUUUCAUGUUGUAAAUACAUUGGCGAUUCCCACGUUGUAAAAACUGUACAGACACCUUCAGGUUUUUCUUUUGUACCAUCAAAAUGUAUUUAAAUCAUACUUAGUUUUUGGUAUGUUUAUAUUGUUUACAUUAGUGAUGUAAUUAUUUCUUAAAUGACUAAAUCAGACGACAGACUCUGGAGGCAUCAGUAAUCUUAAGCCCUUGUUUUAAAACUCAUGCAAUUUCUCUUCAAUACGGAAUGUUAACACUUUCAUACUGUUUUGUACUAUGCUGCAGUUUUCCCUGGUCUCGGUAAAGCUACUCGUGCGCUUUUGCCGGCAGCUGGCGAAAGGUCACGCAGCUUAUUACCUGAGUCCAGUCGAGGCUGGCGUGUACUGCUGGACAGAUACUGGGCCAGCACUGGGACCCCCGGGAGGAGGCGCACGGCGGUAGCCCUGUUGUGCAGCGCUAGCGCUGCCGCUUCUCUUUGCGUUUUGUCGGGGGGUUUGACUCGGUGAUGCACCGCGCCUGGCCAUACAGCCCGUGCUCUGGGACAGACGUGAUUAGGCAAAAGACUUGGCGUUAAAAGGGCUGCCAGAAAGUCCAGCAAUGGAACCCGUGAGACUUGCCACGUAAAGGCGAUUCUCCCUGCAUGUUCUGAGAAGGGAGACAGUGGAGUUGUCUGUUCCAACCAAAUUAACACACUGCCUGAUGUUGAUUGUAUGAAUUUGUGGUUAAUGUGAAUUUUAAACUCUAACAAAUCUACAACUGGAUUCGGGGGGCGGGGAGGGGAUAGAAUGAUGCUUAAAUUGUUGUACCCAACUUGGUCAAUAAAGCAGCACAAGUUCAUAAUCUUAAUCACUGGUCAGUAAACAGUAAUUAAAGUGUAUGCCAAAACAACUUCUUGAAGAAACGCACAGUAUAAAAGUACGCUUUAGGAAGAUCAUCAACAGCUGUUAAGGUUGCAGAAUCAGUUGUAGUCAGUUUUGGUUGCUUUGGACUAUUACCAAAUUAACUCCUUGGGCUUAAAUUUUCCGUAAUGGUACUCUGCCCUCAAGGAGACAGCCUGAUCCAGAGUCUUGGCAGUUUGACAAGGGAGAGGAUGUGGAAAGCUUCUCCUUUUCGUUUUCUUUUUUAAAAUUUAAGAAGUAUUAGUACUUUAGCUGUGUGCACUUUGAAUUGGAAAGGGCAUUGUACAUCUUUUGCCAGAUCUGUCUGAGUUACGAGCAGAUUGCCAGGAUUUACAGACUCCAGUAGUUCAGAUGUUUAUUUUUGGAAAAGUCUUUUUGAGGUCUCCUUGUAUUGCAUCUGCUGACCAGAGCUUCGUCUGAGACAGGAACAAAAUACAGUUUGUACACAGUAAGGCUGUGCUCGGGCCUAAAGUGAAUGACACUGCAAUGGUGGUAGGGACAUGGAGCUGAAGAAUUACUAGUACCUCUUUUUCCACCAAGUCAGGUGAUUUGUGUGUAUUCUGUCAACUGUUAUGGAACAAGGUGUCUUUCUUUAUCCUAAAGGGACAUGGAUCAAUGUCUCAUGUUGUGUACAGCGGAGAAAUGGUAUUUGGUUCUGCGCCACGUGCUUUCAAGAAAUAAAGCCCCUUAUUAGUCUGUCAAAGCGCUCUGAAAAUGCAUAAGUUAAUCUUAAUUUUCAUGGACGUAGUUGUCUUUAAUUAAACUUUUUUCCCUUUGGCUUCUCGCCUUCAGUCUCUGACUAAAUAUUUGAAGAUCUUGCCUCAUUUGCUGAAUUAGUUGGAAGGUGUGUGUAAAAGAAAAAAAAGUAAAUAUGAUGGUACAGCAAUGGAAAGAUGUCCUGUGGGAGAACUGGCUGUUGUAUCCGUCUUAGCUGAAGUCUGGUUUUUUUGAUCUAUGACUUGGGAUGUGGGAGCGGCUCCUAAUCCGACUUCUGUUUAAAUGUCCAGUUCAACAGAGCUGAAGCAUCAGAUGUUGAUCAUUCUAUUUAGUCUGUGGUGUCCGCUGGUUUCACAGCUGUAUAGUAUCAAAUCUGGGAACAUACCAUCUCUUGUACUUGUCAUUUUGUUCUUUUCCGGGUCUAUAUUACCCAUGUGUAAUGUAAAGAUACAUGUUACCUUGCAGCAUCAACGAGCAGAGAAGUUCAGUCCCGUGGAAGACUCAAUUUAAAAAACAACUACUUAGGCAAAUUCUGGAUUUCAUGCCUUAAAGACGUGGUACUGUAUGUGGAUUUAACCUUUGGUCUUAAAGAAGACUUAAAGAAAAAACAAUUAAGGUCUGUAAUGCCCUAAUUAUGACACUUCUUGAUUUCGAGGUUUCUGUUUUAGUUUCAUUCUUUGUUGUUUAGGAUGAUACAAGAAUCUAAAGCUAGUGCAGCGAUGUGCUUCUGUUAAAUUUGUACAUUUGCAUUGGUUUGAGUGUCCUUUGCAUGCAGGAAUAGAUAAGUAGUGUUAUAUUAAAAAGAACAACUAGGAAA